AUGUCCGAAUCUGACCAGGAGCAAAGUUCACCUGAGCCACUUUCACCAAGAACCGCUGCUGUGCGUGCUGGUUUGAGGAGGAAUUAUAGUUCUUCAAGCGUUGAAUCUAAAAGUUACGAAUCUGAAGGUUCAAGCAACAUGGCAGAGAUUCCGAACAACAACAAUGAUGAAGGAGGUGGUACGCUUGUUGUCCAACCAAGAAAACCCCUGCGUGAGUUUUCCAUUCCCAAAGUCACCAAUCAACCUUCGUGCAUCGUCUAUCCUCAACUCACAGUUGACAGGUUUGAGCUUAAAAGUGGUAUGAUUCAUCUUCUUCCAACUUAUUAUGGUAAUACCACUGAGGAUCCUUACAUGCAUAUUAAGCAAUUCUUUGAAAUAUGUGCUACGAUCAAAAUUCAAAACCUUGAUGAUGAGCAGAUUAAGAUGAGGCCAUUCCCAUUCAGUUUAAAAGAUAAAGCUAAGUCUUGGUUAUACUCUUUGCCUAAUGCUUCAAUUCAUACUUGGGAAGAGCUUUCUAAUAAGUUUUUGCAGAAAUUUUUUCCGGCUCAAAAGACUAACAAGAUUAGAAAGGAAAUUCUUGGUUUCACACAAAAGGAAGGAGAAGCUUUUCAUGAAUGUUGGGAGAGGAUGAUGGUAGAUGCAACAAGUGGAGAAGGACUGAUGAACAAAACAGCAGAUGAGGCUUUUACUCUCUUUGAAUCCUUGAGUGCUAACUCUCAACAAUGGAGCCACAAUAAAGGAAGAGGAGCUCCUAUGAAAGCUGUGGUCUCUGAGGCAGUGACUGGCCCUCGAGGAAACAAAGUGGAAGUUCAAGACCAAUCUUUUGCAGAGCACAUGCUAGAACAAGCAAAUGCCCUUCAAGCAAGGAAUCCUAAUAAUGAUCCUUACUCAAACACGUACAAUCCGGGGUGGAGAAAUCAUCCUAAUUUCAGGUGGAGCAAUAAUUCGAAUGUGCAACAAUCUCAAGGACCUCCCCCAGGAUUCCAAAUACAACAAAGGCAAUUCCAACAAGCUCCCCAACAAGUGCAAGAACAAAGGGGUGAUCAAAUGGGAGAAUUGCAAGACAUGUUCAAGAAGUUCAUGGGGCAACAAAUGCAAACCAAUCAGAAUCUUCAAAAUGCAGUGAACAAACUAGAAGUGCAAGUUGGGUAG